UACAAGAAGUGAUAAGUUCCCUGCUAGGAAAUGUCUAUCUGUAGAGGGAUACUGAUGAAUUUUUGCUACUACAUUUAAACCGCUAAAAUUGUGGUGUGCCUGAGGGCCACUGUGGUGAUUCUGCUCCUGAGUCAUCACAAGUUUAACUCCAGAGAAUCCAGAGAAAAAGCCAAACAUAUCAUCACUCCUUUUGACCUAUUUGCAUUUUCAAUCACAUAGUCAUUCCACCCAGCAUAGAAAUCACAUAUUUCUUAUUCUUUUCUCUGCAUCCCUUCAUUUGUUCCACUGCCUCAACUAUUUUUUUUUUUUGUUGUGCCAGUGGAACAGUGGUGCUUAUUGUGCCACGAACAGCAUCGAGGGUCGGUUUGUGAAUGGCCUCACGAGUAGAACAAUGCUCUGUACAAUGCAGCCCUGACAUCUCCAUCUAGCAUAGAGGGAGUGGAGAGAGCGUUGGGGCAAGGUACAAGGGGAGGAGAGAUGGAAUGAACUUGACUUCAGGUUGGGUGGUACAAGGGGAUGUGUGUAUCAGGGUACGGCUGCAAUCUCUGCUGAUUAAUGCUUGCUAUUUGACCAGAAGAGGAGGCCUGGAGUGAUUUGGUGGUGAUCUCCAAGAGAAGCGAAGCAGUGGCGCUUUCGCAGAAACAGAGAAGGAAGAACUGAGCGUCAGCCUUCAGAAGGCCAGAACAGAGCAGCGAGCUGGAGCUGGUAUGAGGUUAAUGGUCCUGAAUUGAACCGACACUAUGAAGUCCUUGGAACUGCUGCUGCCUUUACUGCUACUUGUAAGAGAUUUACAUGCUCAAUGGAAUGUAUGGAUGCCCAGGGACAUGUCAGCAAUGACUAACUCCUGUGUGGUAAUCCCAUGCACAUUCAUGUACCCCUCAGGAGUCAGGCCAUAUAGGGGCACACAUGGAAUCUGGUAUUUUGGCCAACCCUAUCCACAACUUUUCCCUCCAGUGGUUUUCAAGUCUCGCACAGACAUUGUGCAUGAAAGCUACAAAGGCCGUUCUAAGCUCUUGGGUGACCUCUCGCAGAAGAACUGCACGCUGCAAAUCAGCAACCUUGGAACUGAGCAUGCAGGGAGGUACUACUUCAGAGCCGAUCUAGGAGGAGCAAACAUCUACACAUUCCCAGAUUUCACUGAGCUCAAGGUGUUGGACCAGCCCAAAAUUGAUGUUCCCGAAGAAAUAGUCAGUGAUAAGACAUUGGAAUUGACGUGCUAUGCUCCAGACAACUGUCCUGACAUGAGUCCUGAGAUCCAUUGGAUGUUCACAGAAUAUCUCCCUGAACCUCAUUUUACAGCAGACUAUGUGGAAGAAGGCAACACAGCAGUGAUGUCUAGCACACUUACUUUUACACCCAAAGCUAUGCACAAUGCACAAAUGGUGGGCUGUAAUGUACAUUACCCCAACACCACUUUGGUCUAUGAGCGUAUCAUCUUUCUGGAUGUCAAGUAUGCUCCUCGCAAUGUCUGGGUAAAUGUCUCUCAGGAAGUCAUGGAAGGGAGUUCUGUGAUACUUCACUGUGAUGUGGACAGCAACCCUAUACCCCAGAUUUCAUGGUUCUUUGGGGAUGAACUGCUGAUGUCAGAAACUGCCUCAAAUGCUUCUUUUUUUCUGGAUUUUUUGAAUGCAGAGCAGGAAGGUAUAUAUACCUGUGUAGGGGAAAAUGUCUAUGGAACAAUGAACUCCUCCCUGUACUUGACUGUCAGAUAUCCCCCAAGAAAACCAGUGGUGAAUGAAUCUUUGGUGGUGAUGGAGGACUCCUCUCUGGCUCUCUAUUGCAGUAGCAAGGGCAAUCCUGUCCCUACACUUACCUGGCUGAAGGAUGGAGCACUGAUUGGAACCAUAAAAGCUGAAGAAUUGUCCAUACUUGAGCUUACAGAAAUCAACCCACAGGCAGAUGGCACAUACCGCUGCCUGGCUGAGAAUGAAUAUGGCCGGGCCAGCAGUUCUCUAAAUAUCACUGUGGAGUUUGCACCUAUUUUACUGGACGAGUCCAAGUGCACCAUAGUGCGAGAGGGGGUGCAGUGUGUCUGCAUAGCCACAGGGAAUCCUGAGCCAUCCAUUGUAUUCUACCUGCCUGACCGCAACAUCACCAUUAAUGAUACAAAUGGCCGUUUCAACUUCUACACGCAUUCAGAUGGCUAUACAUCAACUGGCAUGAUCAAACUGAGGGAGAAGGGUGACCGGGAGAACAACGAAGACAUAGCUGUUCAUGUACAAUGCGGCAUUUCUAACAUGUAUGGCUCUCAGUCUAUUCGGCUGGAGCUACAGCAAGAAAAAAAAUACCUGAUGGCUGUGAUAGUGGGAACCAUUGGAGGAGUGGCAGUUAUUGCUUUUAUCAUUGCAGCUGUAAGAUAUGUGGGACAAAACAAUAAAAAAGAGAAUGGCAACCCUGGGCAGGACGUGGGCUCUAGAGUGGAGAAUCCCUCCAUGUACUACAGCGCAGUCAAGAAGGACAAACAAAGUCUCAGGAAAAAAGUGCUUAAGACUGAGCUGCUGGGCUCUAGGUUUAAUUCCAUCCUAGAAGAAAGCACGGGAGAAGACAGCGAUUACCAGCAUGUUGGCUCAACUGCAGGCAUGGAGAGGCAAGAGCUGAACUUUCUCGGGCGACGCCGAGAGGGAGGGUUGGGGAGGGGGGAUGAUACCACUGACUACACAGAGAUCAAAGCCAAAUGAACCGCGAUCCUUCCCUGAAGCUUCGACUGAAAGGGAUACAGUGGCCUCUAGUUCCAAAUACAAAUACAAUUUGCUUUAGUCUAUACCUGUUAACUUGCCAAAAUUGAACAAAUCUAUAAUUCUAUUGGCUUGCACUUUGUUUAUGUAUUUUACUGUAAUGUUUCUGAAACAAAAUCAGUCCCUAUGUACAACCAUAUAGAAUACCUCUAAAUCUCAUUUCUGCAUUUAUGCUGUGUAGGGUCCAAACAAGCUGGCAAGGGGUGUUCUACACCAUUUGCAGGAUUAUAUUAAUGUUACUAUGUUAAGUACUUGUUGUUGCCUUGGUUGUAUCCAGGAUCUCUUUCUCUAGUGGUCAUUCACACUGUGUCCGCAGCAAGUCGAAGCGUCAGGGAACGAGACAUGCAGCAUGUCUCGAAGUUCUAGCACUAUCUCCAGUAGAAUGUUUUCUCAAAUCUCAAAAUCUCAAAUCUCAGAAUGAUUUCUCAGCCACUUUCUAAGUGUACCAUGAUAAGUGCUCAGUGAAGUUUGCAUUCUGUAUUUCUAAUGAUAUGCCCUAAAGUGAUUGUUAGAUUGUCUUUAAGUUUGUGUGACUCCACAAAGUAAGGAAAAGGAUAUUGUUUACCUGGUGAAUUUCUUUAAAGUGUUAAGGAAGGGUUAAAGGAAUGGCUGACUAAUUAUUGGUCAUUUUAUCUGUAUAGUGCAGAGUGAUGAUGAUGAUGAUGAAUAUGAUGAAUAUGAUGAUGAUGAUGAUGAUGAUGAUGUUUAGAUCAAACAGAAACUUUUGCAGUUAUUUAUUCCUUUUCAAAUGUUACAUACUUAAGAGGUGAUUAAAAGAUAAUUAUUGCACUUAUUUGCCUUGGAAAACUUUAAAGUGCAGUAUUUUGGACUAUUAAAAAUAAUAGAGAUGCAAUUUCAGUGCUAUUGCUAAGUGAAGUACUUUUUUUAAGAGGAAAGUGUGUCAGUGGUCAAUGACCUUACUUUUCCACAUAUUUAAGACACAUGGCAAAUGGAGUGGACUUUACACCCCUCUUUCUUGAAGUCCAUUUCUUGCCAAUAUAUAAUUAUAUUUUAUUUUAUUUCAAGGCUGGAGACACAUCUCCAGACUAUUUUAUUUUAUUUUUAUAUUAUUAUUAUUAUUAUUAUUAUUAUUAUUAUUAUUAUUAUUAUUAUUAUUAUUAUUAUUAUAUUUUUUUUUACAAAGUCUCUACUCUAAGGGUAAAUUCAGAAUAUCGACGAACCAGCCAUGAAGACAACAAAAUGCAAUCCAACACAACUAAAUACAUAUUCAAAGCACAGUGGAAGUCACGUUAGGUCUGUUAAAAUGAAUACACAAAAGUGUCAUAUUCAAAACUAUCACUUUACCCAGGGGUGCUUUAAUGAAAUGUAUUAUUUAUUAUCCUUAAAACAUCCUCUAUUGAGGUUAUAUCAAAUUCAUCAUGAUGUACAAUAUAUGUACAUAUAUCAAACCUUAACCUAUACAACUCGAUGUUUACUAAAUAUUUAACACAUAAAAGCACUUACUUUGAAUUUGUAAAGAUUUCAUAAAAAGCACCAAUAUGAAGGCAUAUGAAAUAUGUAAAUAUGCAUCUAUUCUAUGUUGUCAAUCCUUUAAACCCUAGGAGAAGGUUUUUAUUGGAUUUUCAGCACAGAAAUAUAAAACAGGCAAUUAAUAACAGAUUUAUUUAUAAAAAGGCAUAUAUUUAGGAGAGCAUUUUGGUAGUCCAGUCUAAUUAUUCACUAUAUUGUGUAUUGUAAAGAGUAUUUGUAAGCGUUUGACUGUGUGAUGAGAUGAUAACAAUGAUGAAUUUUUGUUUUAGUUAUAUAAUAAUUUAUACAGGGACUUUGCAACCCUUGAAUAAAACAACACUGUUCAGAGCUAAUUUUUUCUUUUGUUCUGUUAAAAAAAUGUUCACCUUCAAUGCCAUCUUUAAAACAAACAAAUAAAUUAAACGAGAUGGGGAUAAAAACACAGACUGUAUAUUUUGUUUUUAUUGAAAUGUAAACAUUAAAAAUAAAACUAACAAAAACAAACAAAAUGCUAUGCAUUAAUGCAAAUGUAUCAUUUCAUGUUUUGUUUAACAUCAUCCACUGGAUUUGAGGAAGAAAAGUGAGUCUGAAUGUGUUAUGUGGUUAAAGAUCACCGGCAGUGUUCCUUUUUUUUAUUUUUUAUUUAUUUAAUUUUUUUUUUAGAAGUAAUUCCACAUAUUUUUGAAAUAUUUUCUAUCAAUGUGUGAACUUCAAAAGAAUUUCAGUUCUGAUACCGAAUUCAUGAUGGUCAUGAUAAUAGCCUAAAAGUGUAUAUUUGACCCUGCUCUCUGGAGGAUGGUGUCUCUAAAGAUGUUAUAUAUUUGCUGCAUGACACAUUGUUCAUGUGUUCUAGAAGAAGCUUGGAUUAGCCAUUAACUAUUAUACAAUAGAAGAGACCUAGAGUGCUUGAAAGUGUUUUAGUCAUGCAGUCAUGCAUGAUUGAACGUACUUGUGGUUAGAAGACGUGUACAAAUAAAUGUUUAGGGGCAUGUAAAAAGUAGAAGUGCUUUUUAAAGCUUGAGGAAGGAUGUGAAAUCGGUUAGAACAGCCUUCAACACCACACAAAUUCUUUCAUCGGUCAAAAUUUAACAAGUGCUGGAGAAAGGACGACGUGACGGAAAGACAAAGAUCUGGCUUUGGGUUUGAGGAAUUCUGAGACAUGAAUGCACUAAUAAUCAUUGUAUUGCUCUUCCCAUUCACAAUAACUGCCAGUAACGGGACUACUGAAAGUAUUGCAACAACAUCUCAAGGCAAUACAAAUGACCAAUAUAGCAAAACCACAAUCUCACCUUCUACCAACGCUUCCUUCCAAAAAACUAAUGGUACUCCCAUUAUCCCAGCCUGUACCGUGCAAUCACAAAUAUUUUCUUUAUCUGAAGACAGUCAAUGUAGGUUUCUGGACCUAAAGACAAUUCUCACAUUUUUGUCGGGAGUGAUUUGUUCAGCACUUGUUUUCUCUACUGUGUUGUGCUUUGUAGCCAUCUGCAAAAGAUUCAGAGCAACAGAUGCAAACAAAGACGAAGAAAGUAUUGCCUUAAAGGAUGUUAAACGUGAAAAUGAACUACUGGUGAUACAGUCUGAAGAAGACAAGGUAGAUGACAAGGACCCUCUUCAAGUACAGACUCCAGCUGAGGUCUCCACAAAGACAUCUGGAACUGAAGAAGAGAGGAAGCUCUUAGAAAAGGAACAUACAGAAGGAGCAGGAGCAGUGUCUGAAGU